GUAUUUAUACCAUUGAGUCUUCGGAUGUCUCAUAGUUAGCAUCAUAUAUUUUAUUUAUAUAUACAUAUAUAUAUAUAUAUACAUAUUUUUUUAUUAACAUUAAAGUUUAUUUAUUAACUAAUUAUCUGUGUCAUUAAUCAUCCAAAGAUGUGUCAACGAUUGUAUAAUUACUCAUUAGUAAUUUAUGUAGUAAUAAGUUCAUUAUUAAUAAUAAGUAGUGCCGAGGAAUCGGAAAGUUGGUCUGACAGUUUGAAUAGAUUAUUAAAAAAUUGUGCGAAUAAUUACAAUAAUAACAAUAAUCAUAUAAAUAAUGAAAAAAAUGAAUUUUUGGAUAAUUUGAAAUACUGUUUGCAAAAACGUGCUGUCAUUGCAAUGGAUGCAUUUUUCUCCGAAGAAACAAUUCCUGUUUUGAACGGCGUCGACUUUGUUAAAUUUGAUGAGAAAAAUUCAACUGAUUACAAAAGUGAGUCAUUUAAUGCAGCUCGCGCUGCUGGUAAAACAUGGCCACAAAUAGUAUUUAGUCGGUUUGCCCGAUUAUUUAAAACCCACGUCAUUAAAAUUGAUAUCGACCGAAUUAUAAAUCCUGAGGCAUUUGUUGAUUCAAGUUCAAAUGACGUCAUCGAAGGGCGAAGACGCCAUCACAGAAGACGUAACCAUUUGAUGCCCAUGUUAAUGAUGGGAGUUUUGGUAAUGGGAUCAGUAUUGAUACCAAUGGGAUUCCAAUUUCUCGCAGUACUAGGAGGCAAAGCUCUUCUUCUUGCAAAAUUAGCUUUGAUGUUAUCGUCAAUUCAGGGGUUAAAAAAAAUCGCAACCAAUGGAGUUAAUUAUGGGUUAUAUCACGCACCUGUUUCCGAUGGAUGGCACGAACGCAGCAGUCGCCCGGAACCAUUAGGGCCAUUCGAGUUACCUUAUGCUGCUUAUGCUCGUCAUUAAUUAAUCAAUUAAUUAAUUAAUUUAUUUAUUUAUUCAUUAAAUUAUUUAUUUAUUUAAUUUAUUUGUGUAGUUUAUAAGUGUGAUAAUGUUAAUAAAUAUGAAUAUAUGAUACA